AUGGGCUUGCUCGAAGACUUGCCUGUUGAGCCCGAAACACCUCCCCCAAGUUGGUCCCCCGCCAAACACGACUUCUGGAAGAAGCCGUCAAGAUGGCAGAUCUGCAUGCCCCGGUUACGCAUGGUGCUCAAAAUCAUCGCCACCUUUAUCGGCUUCAUCCUUCUCAUCAAAAUCAUGAAUGCAACGCCUCCACCUCCCCCCCCCGAACCCGCCCCAGAAAUCCCAGAAGUCCCCGAAGUGCCUGAUACCCCGGACAUCAUAGACACACCAGACGUUACGGAUGUUCCACUGCCUCCACCCACCGAGGAUGAGCUGAUGGAACUGACGAUGGAGAAUGCAAAGAAAGAGCAAUGGAUCUGGAAAGACUUUACAACGCAUGACGGUUUGACACGUGGAACGUCACACCUCCGCGCUUGUGAGACCGGCGAAGUCGAUUGCAAAAACAGGAGUCCACUCCUCAUUCGCUAUGAUGGCUAUCGCGGUUUCCAAGAACCUGUGGAACGCAUCGUCUCCUGCGUCGGUCCGCGCGGUGUCCAUUUGAAUGAGAGCUAUGAGGAUGCCAUCUGGGCCUAUCCUGGUCAAGCGAAUGGUGCCGUUGACCCGACCCUGGGUUCAUACAAGGCGUCCGGCUUGGAUGGGAGCGUGUCUUUUGACCGUGUUGGUCGCUUCCAAGCCUAUGGAAUCGAUCAAUGGGACGCUAAUGACGUCGAAGAGAUGAAGAAGAUGAGCGAUGUUGACUGGGACAUGGUUGACUGGGGUGAAUUGCAGGAUGAUUGUGCUGUCGCCAACAAGCAGCGCUUUCGACCCUUCAAAGAGCGACCUGCGAGUUCGAUCCAGUAUUCUAACCUUCGACACAAGCACGACCGGUCCUCAUCCAAAGCACUCUCAUCCACCCUGGAACCUGGCAUGGUCAACAAGGCCAAACGCACGGCGAUUCUGAUUCGAGUCUGGACCGGCGCAAAGUGGACCGCCGACGCCGUGAUGAAUAUUCGUGCCAUGGUUGCGGAGGCUUCCUUGGCCAGCGGAGGGAAGUAUCAGGUAUUUCUUCUUCUCCAUGUCAAGGACGAAAAUGUCCCUCUCUUCGUCGGGGAGGAUGAGCCGCGGGCAACCAUCGAGAAGCAUAUCCCUCCUGAAUUUCGGUCCAUGACGGAAGUGUGGAAUCACGCUCAGAUUCGGGGUCUGUAUUCCAACUUGGCCGAACAUGCUUUUGUUGGCCGGUCACCCUGGAUGAUCAUCCAAUGGUUCGCCCGCAAUCAUCCCGAGUUCGAUUUCUUUUACCAGUGGGAGUUCGACGUGCGGUAUACCGGCCACUACCUGGACUUUUUCGAAGCCGUGGAAAAUUUUGGACGCAAACAACCGCGAAAAGGCAUCUGGGAACGAGCUGGCAGGGUCUACAUUCCCUCCGUCCAUGGUGAUUUUGACUCCGAUUUCCGCAAUUCAACGAGGGAGGAAGAUCCUCACCAUAUCUGGGGCCCGGUAUCCGUGGAAGGCGUCCGACCCCGGGGGCCUAAGCCGCCCAAGGAAGAAGAAGACAAUUUUGAAUGGGGAGUCGGCGAAGAUGCUGACUGGAUUGGCUUUCUCCCAAGCUUCAACGUGACUGGUACCGGCUGGUGGUUCCGCAACUAUCUCUGGGGUUAUGCGCAGGGCACGUCUACUCCGAGAAGGGCCACUCUCAUUGCUCAAGGAAGAGUCAGCCGGCGCGUCCUGGAAAUCAUGAAUUAUGAAAAUGCAGAGAACGGGCAUCACAUCGACGCAGAGAUGUUCCCUCAGACCAUGUGUCUCCACCACGGGCUGAAGUCGACCACAUUUCCACACCCCAUCUUUGCCGAUCGAUUCUGGCCUCCGGACGUGCUGCAAUCGACAUUCAAUGGCGGGCCGUUCGGCCAGGCUGGAGGCUAUUGGAAUAGUACCUUCAGCAAAUGGAACGAACAUGCGUGGUCCAACAUGACCUGGUAUUACAGCUCUGCUCAGGCCAUGCCAAUCUUCCAACGCCUUCUCGGGGUCACGGCUCUCGAGAGCGGUGGUCCGGAAUGGGAGGAUGUUUAUGGCAAAACUGUCGUUCGACCAAUGCUGCUUCAUCCUGUCAAGGGCGCUAAGACCUGGCAAUGGACCGAGGAUGGAUGGCUCCAGACCAAGGCACGAACCUGA